AUGGCGGCCGUCACCAAUACAGCCACCACCCAACAACCACAGUCUCAACCGGCCAACACAGCCAUUGCUCAACUAGUGCCGGUACCAUCAUCCGAGUUAACCACCGAUGAGAUGGCUGUUAAAGCUGUUCAUAAACGAUAUGAAGGUCUGGUGAUGGUACGGACGAAGGCGAUCAAGGGUAAAGGAGCUUGGUAUUGGGCUCAUCUCGAACCGGUUUUGGUUCCAAAUCCCGAUUCCGGUUUACCGAAAGCCGUCAAGCUCCGGUGUUCUCUAUGUGAAGCCCUUAUUGAAGUCUUUGCCCUUUUCUCCGCUUCCAAUCCGUCGAGAACGGCGUCGGAGCAUCUCAAAAGAGGAACUUGCCCGAAUUUUAACUCUGAAUGUAGUCCAAAACCGAUUUCAUCCAUUUCGCCGGCGGGAAUGGUGAAUUUAUCUUCUCCGACUUCAUCUUCUUCGCCUCAGCCGCUGCAAAACCACCGCAAACGUAGCUCCUCCGGCAACCGUAGUGGCCGCGACCGUGGCGGUGGCGGCGGUGGGUUUAAGAUUCACGCCUCCACCGGUUCUGAAACCACUUAUUCCGUUGCUCCUCUUACGAUGAUUGAACCACCAAGAUUCUCGGUGGAUGUUUCUUACCCGGCCCGGCCCGCGGUGGUGUUAUCAGGUGGCAAAGAAGAUUUAGGUCAUUUAGCUAAACUAGAAGAUAGUGUAAAGAAGCUAAAAAGUCCGAAAUCAUCACCGGGUCAAACUUUAACCCGAGCUCAAAUCGAUUCAUCAUUAGAAUUAUUAGCAAAUUGGGUGUAUGAAAAUUGUGGGUCAGUUUCAUUUUCAAGUUUAGAGCAUCCAAAGUUCAAGAAUUUCUUGAACCAACUCGGUUUACCGGCGAUAACCCGGCGAGAACUCGCCGGAGAAAGACUCGAUGCCAAGUACGAAGAGGCAAAAACCGAAUCCGAAGCUCGAAUUCGCGAUGCAAUGUUCUUCCAAAUCUCAUCAGAUGGGUGGAAAUCAAAGAACCAUAACAAUAGUAAUCAUCAUCAUUCAGGUGAAUUCGAAAAUUUGGUGAAUUUAUCAGUGAAUUUGCCUAAUGGGACUAGUGUUUUCAGAAGAGCUGUUUUUACAGGUGGGUAUGUUUUUUCUAAGCAGGCUGAGGAUGUUUUAUGGGAAACAAUCGUCGACAUUUGUGGGAAUAAUUAUCAACAAUGUGUGGGUAUUGUUUCUGAUAAGUUCAAGACUAAAGCUUUAAGGGAUCUUGAAAACCAACAUCAAUGGAUGAUCAAUCUUUCUUGUCAAUUUCAAGGGGUUCAUAGUUUGAUUAAAGAUCUUAGCAAAGAACUACCAUUGUUUCACAAUGUGACUGAUAAUUGUUUGAAAGUUGCAAACUUUGUGAAUACCAAAUCUCAAGUUCGACAUUCUUUUCUCAAAUAUCAGUUGCAAGAAUACGGUCGAGCGGCAUUGUUGCGAGUACCGUUUUGUCGUGGUGGCGGGAGGAUUGAUUUCGAACCGGUUUUUGAUAUGGUGGAAGAUGUGUUGAGUUCAGCUAGAGCUUUGCAACUGGUUUUUCUUGAUGAUAGUUAUAAAAUGGUGUCAAUGGAGGAUCAAAUUGGGAAGGAGGUUGAAGAGAUGAUGAGGUCUCAGUUUUGGAACGAAUUAGAGGCGGUUCAUUCGUUGGUUCGAUUGAUCAAAGGAAUGGCUCAAGAAAUCGAGAAAGAAAAGCCGAGAAUCGGGAAUUGUUUGCCGCUUUGGGAGGAACUUAGAGUGAAAAUCAAGGAAUGGUGUGGGAAGUUUCAUAUCAAUGAAAACCAUGUAGACAAAGUGUUUGAUAAAAGGUUUAAGAGAAACUAUCACCCUGCUUGGGCAGCUGCAUUCAUUCUUGAUCCUUUUUAUCUGAUUAGGGACACAAGUGGGAAAUACUUGCCUCCUUUCAAAUGCUUGACUUCCGAACAAGAAAAAGAUGUCCAUAAGCUUAUAACGAGGCUCGUUUCACGAGAAGAAGCUCACAUUGCUUUAAUGGAGCUCAUGAAAUGGAGAACAGAAGGGCUCGAUCCAGUUUACGCACAAGCCGUUCAGUUGAAACAACGAGACCCAAUAACCGGUAAAAUGAAAAUAGCUAACCCACAAAGUAGCAGGUUGGUUUGGGAAACUUAUUUAACCGAUUUCAAAUCUUUGAGGAAAGUCGCAGUGAGAUUGAUCUUUCUUCAUGCCACUUCAUGUGGGUUCCAAUGUAAUACAUCUUUAUGUAGAUGGGCGCAAUCGAGAACCGGGAUCGAAAAGGCACAGAAGUUGAUAUUCAUCGCUGCCCAUUCAAAGCUCGAACGACGGGAUUUCUCGAACGACGAAGAGAAAGAUGCCGAGUUUUUCUCGUUAACCAAUCGAGAGGAUGAUGUACUCAAUGAGGAUUUGUUUGAUGCAUCCUCUUUGUGAGAUCCCAAUCCUUUUCUUGCUUUUGAUGAUUAUAAUCCAUAGUUUAUGUAGGAUUUUUUUUUUCUUGAGAUUCUUUUCACUUCUAUUUGGGUACUUGUUUAAUUGCUCUUUUAGAAGAUUUUGGCACCUUUGAUCGUUAUAGAAAAAGGGGUCAUCUUUUAGGUUUUGAUCAUAUUUCUUUGGAGGUUCAAAUGGGUAUUUUCUUUUUUGUUUGAUGA